CUUGCUCCCCAGUGUUUUUUUGUCCUCCUUAGGUAAGCCAGGAAUCCUGGAGCCUGUAAGGCGGAAGAUCCAGACUCUUAGGAGUCUGAAGGCCGUUGGCUGACCGCCUGAGAGCGGGUUAGUCAGGGGGAAGUAAAGUACCCUAGGCUUGGAAAAGAUACCUGGAGCUUUUGCAGGAGCAUUUUAGUGAUGUAGUGGAGCUGCAGUCACUGUGCUUUCUGCCAGCGUUUCUCCUGUGCUGCACGGGGAGAGAGAGAGGCGUGGUGCUGAUGAUGUCAUCAGGCAUGCGACUCAUACACACGAGUGUUAGGAGGAAAGAAAGCUGUUUUAUCUGCAGGAUGGCUGAUGGAAUAGCGAUUUUAAGAUGGAUAAAUCUGGCAAGAGAAAAAGAAAAUCAAGGCAUUUGAUGUGUUCAGAUUGUAAUCAACUAUUGCCGGAUAACUGGGAUGGAAACAAAUGUUCUUUAUGUUUACAAUCCCCUGUUUCUGAGUCUCAUAGGAAUAAUACCAACCAAUUCAUUGACUGGUUUAAAUCUGUCAUGUUAAAAGCUGUGGAUGAAUAUAAGGCUGCUCCUGUUCCCUCCUUACACAGAGGUUCCUUAAAUAAAGAUUCUGAUUCUGAUACUCAGUCAUCAGGUGAAGUGGUAUCCAACUCCUCCUCUUCUGAGCCUCAUACUUCUCAAAAAGAAGAUUUUUUUCUUUUUCCUAUUGAGAAAAUGCCCAGACUGGUUAAAGAAGUCUGUAAAGUUAUUUCACCUAAGGAAUCUGCUCAAACGAGUUCAGACGCCCAGGACUUCCCCUUUUUUAGUCAGAAAAAGGCAUUAAAUUUUCCUGUCCAUCCUUCAGUAAAAAGUCUUAUAGAACAGGAGUGGAAAAAUCCGGGAAAGAAACCGGAGUCAUCUAAGCGCUUUAAGCUCAUGUUCCCCUUUGAUAAUAAAGAUAUUGAGGAGUGGGAAAACCCACCUAAAGUUGAUGUCUCAGUAGCAAGGUUGUCAAAAAGGACAACUAUUCCUGUGGAAGAGGCAGCAAUAAAGGAUCAGAUGGAUCGUAGAGCAGAAUGUGCCCUGCGUAGAUCAUAUGUUUCAGGUGCCUCAGUCUGUAAACCUUCUUUAGCGGCGGUCUCAGUUUCCAGAUCGUUGAAACAUUGGAUAAAUUCCUUAGAGGAGGAUAUAGAUUCGGGAACCUCAAGAGAUGUUCUUCUGGAUAUGCUAUAUCCUAUAAAACUUGCAGUAGAUUUUUUAUGUGAUGUUUCAGUGGAUACCUUAAAGUUGGGAGCCAGAACUAUGGCUUUGUCCACAACUGGCAGAAGAGCCUUAUGGCUUAAAGCAUGGGCAGCAGAUUCAGCUAGCAAAAACAGUCUGAUCUCCAUGCCCUUUGAACCUGGAAAGCUUUUUGGCUCUGCUUUGGACAAAUUAAUUGAAAACUUGUCAACUGGAAAGGAAAAAGUUUUACCUCAAGAUAAACCAAGACCUCAUUAUAAGUCUGCCUUUCGUCCAUCCUCUAAAAGAUCUUCGCCUAAGUUCAAUACCCCUAGAAGGAACUUCAGAGACGGAAACAGAUCCUCUUAUAGGAACUUCAGAUCUAGAAACUUCAGAUCUCAGGCGAACAAAGAUUCUAAUCAAAGGAAAGAUUCUUCCUCAAAAAAGGCAGAAUUCUGACGCCAGAAGUCAGGGAGAAGU